GAACAGCUUGAGGUAAUUUUAGAGAAGGAAUGGGGUUACACUGAACUCCGAACUGAGCAAAGAGAAGCAAUAACUUAUCUACUUCAAGGUAGAGACUGCUUUGUCACCCUUCCAACAGGGGGAGGGAAAUCACUUAUUUACAUGCUUCCUGCUCAUAAAUUUCAUGGUAUGACAAUAGUUGUGUCACCCUUGAAAUCACUUAUAGAUGAUCAGUUGAAGGUGUGUAUGACUCACAACAUUGGUGCGUCAGCCUUACAUGGCGAUUUGUCUGAAUCGGAAAGGCAAGGAAUUUACAUGUGCCUUAAACAACAAGUUUGUCCAUUUAAAAUUCUCUAUGUACUUCCAGAGAUCAUUGAGAAGGACAAAACAUUCUUCAAUAUUCUGACCACCCUUUACUCAAGGAACAAACUUAGUCUCUUUGUUGUUGAUGAGGCGCAUUGUGUAAGCCUGUGGGGACAUGAGUUCAGAGAUUCGUACGUGAAAUUGUCAGAGCUGAGAAAGAGCUUUCCAAACGUUUCCCUUCUGAUGUUGACUGCUACAGCUAGCAAGGUCACUAGGGAUGAUAUUAUUUCUAUGUUAGGAGCUAGGAACACACAGUUAGUUUUGUCACCAAUGGACAGGGAGAACAUCUUUUAUGAAGUGAGACAAAAGAAUGCCAACUCGGUGGAUGAUUUGGCAGCCCUAGUAAAAGCUGAAGGUAGCUCUUUAGUCUUCUGUUCGACAAGAAAAGAAUGUGAAGAUCUUUCCCCAAAGCUUGAGGCCAAAGGAAUAAAGAGCAAGUGUUACCAUGGGGGCAUGGAAGAUGGCAUUCGAAAACACAGACAAACCUUAUGGAUGAAAAAUGAUUUACAAUGUCUCGUAUGUACUUGUGCAUUUGGCAUGGGCAUUGACAAGAAAGAUGUGCGCCUUGUAGUUCAUUAUGAUAUACCACAGUCUAUGGAGGACUUCUACCAGGAAUCUGGUAGAGCAGGGAGAGAUCGGCAACCUUCCAAAUCUGUUGUUUAUUUUGUUCCGCAUAAUCAAGUUUUCCACGUAAGAAAUAUAUUUGGAAAGAUGAAUGUUAAUCGAGCUUAUGCCACUCAGAGACUUGCCAGUUUUCAGAAGGUCAUGUACUACUGCUUUCAAAGAGGCGAUUGUCGGAGGAAAGUAAUGCUGGAAUACUUCAAGGAGCAAUGUGAUUGCCAGAGUAAGUGUGACGUAUGCUCAUCAGAAAAAAGGUACCUUACAAAAAAUGUUGGGGAGUUUGCAAGAAAUGCAAUAACAUGUGUACAGAGAGUUUCAGAUUGCCCAGGAAGAGCUAAAUAUCCACUAACUUACUUUGCCCGGAUAUUGACAGGGAAGAAAGUGAAGGAGGAGCACCAGAGGCUACAAGAGUAUGGCUGUUUGAAGACAACAACUGAUGAAGGGGAGUAUUUACUUCGUGUUUUAGUUGCUUCUGAUGUUCUCCGAGAAAUUCCCCCAGAAGAAACAGCACGGAACAAAAACGCGGUUUACCUAACACUGGGA